ACUAAGAAGGACUGAUUUAAUGGAAAACCACGAAGGAGAGAAACGUGACAGUGUUCAACAGACGGAGGAUGACAGGGAUUUUUUGUUCCACACGGAGAAAGGUGGAACUAGUUCGAUGUCUUCGGCCUCAUUUAAUUUCAUCAAUUCUAUUAUCGGAUCCGGAAUUAUUGGUUUGCCAUAUUCCAUGAGUCAAGCAGGUCUUCCUCUGGGCCUUCUAUUGCUUAUUCUGGUUGCCUUUAUCACAGAUUACUCCAUUAUCCUGCUUGUCAGAGGGGGAAAUCUGUCUGGGACUAACAGUUAUCAAUCUCUGGUGCAAAGCACAUUUGGCCUGAUCGGAUAUUUGAUUUUGUCAGCUCUACAGUUUCUAUACCCAUUCAUCGCAAUGAUCAGCUACAACAUCAUAACAGGGGACACCCUGACUAAAGUGUUUAUGAGAAUUCCAGGAGUUGGUCCUGGGGACAUUCUUACAGAGAGACACUUUGUAAUUCUGGUGUCUACUCUUCUCUUCACUCUCCCUCUGUCUCUAUUUAGAGAUAUCGGAAAGCUGGGAAAGGUAUCGUUGUUGUCUAUGCUUUUGACUGUUGCCAUUCUCAUCGUAGUGAUCGUGAGAGCAGCGACUCUUGGACCACAGAUACCUCCAUCAGAGGGUGCAUGGGUGUUUGCUAAAUGGAAUGCAGUUCAGGCAGUUGCUGUCAUGUCUUUUGCUUUUAUCUGCCACCACAACAGCUUUAUGAUCUAUGGAUCACUGAAGGAGCCCACGCUGAGUAACUGGUCUCUUGUCACACACGUGUCGGUGGGCUUGGCCUUAUUGGUCAGUGUUAUCUUUGCAGCUGCAGGAUAUGCAACUUUUACUGGCUACACACAAGGUAAAUUAAGUACUAUGUAUCAAAAUCAGCACCUGUUACUUCAAUUGGACUGUAUCAUAGACAAAAAACUAUGCAUGGAGAGACAGUUUGAAUGGAAUUGCAUGUUUUCACCUGCAGGUGAUAUAUUUGAGAACUACUGCAAGAAUGAUAACUUGGCAACAUUCGGCAGGUUUUGCUAUGGUGUCAGUAUCAUCACCACAUUCCCUCUAGAGUGCUUUGUAACCCGUGAGGUGAUCUCCAAUGUCUUUUUUAAAGAAGAACUCAGUAACAUAGCCCACGUCAUCGUUACCUUGGUGAUCAUAUCAGCAACGACUGCAAUUUCCCUUUCUUAUGACUGUCUGGGUAUUGUACUAGAACUAAAUGGUGUUCUGAGUGCGACUCCCCUCAUCUUUAUCUUCCCUGCCGCCUGCUUUCUGAAGCUCUCGGAUGGCCGCUGGUUUCAUGGGGAAAAUCUAAUUCCCAGUAUCAUCCUGAUUGCAGGUAUUUGUGUUAUGAUUAUCGGAUUAAUCAUGAUGGUGCUGUUUCCUCAGGACUGUUCACAUGGAGCAGAGAUGUUCUACUGUACGGUCUCCAACGCCUCAGUUCUCAGUACAACUCCAACGAGCAGUGUUUUACAGAGUAUUAACACCACACAGAAUGUUAGCAUUUUAUGAUAUUUAAACAUUAAAUAAUUUUUAUUUUAAAAUGUAACAUUUUCACUGGGAGCCUUUUUACAGUAUACUGUAUGAUGUUUUUUUUUUUUGUUGUUGCAAUAAUUUGUUA